GUUUUAUUUGAGCGCCAAGUGCGGGUAGUCAUUCUUUCCCCCCAUUGGCUGACUUGCUUGGGAGGAGGAGCUAACGAGCAAACAGGGCCUGGAAACACAGAAGCUAGAAAGAAACCGGGGGAGACACGCCUGUGGCGUAUUUCCGGCGCGCUAAGCGAGGAAGAUGGCUGCGUCCCAGCAGCAGGCUGCUGCGGCUUCGUCCGCUGCAGGUGUGUCGGGUCCGGGUUCGUCUGGUGGCCCGGGUCCCCAGCAGCAGCCGCAACCACCAGCACAGCUAGUGGGGCCUGCCCAGAGCGGGCUUUUGCAGCAACAGCAACAGGACUUCGAUCCAGUGCAGCGUUAUAAGAUGCUCAUCCCGCAGUUGAAGGAGAGCCUGCAGACCUUGAUGAAAGUCGCAGCCCAGAACUUGAUUCAGAACACUAACAUUGACAACGGACAAAAGAGCAGUGACGGACCUAUACAGCGCUUUGACAAGUGUCUGGAGGAGUUCUACGCACUCUGUGACCAGCUGGAGCUCUGCCUGCGCCUGGCACAUGAGUGCCUGUCCCAGAGUUGCGACAGCGCCAAGCACUCUCCAACGCUGGUGCCCACAGCCACCAAACCGGACGCUGUGCAGCCUGACAGCCUGCCCUACCCGCAGUACCUGGCAGUCAUCAAAGCCCAGAUUGCCUGUGCCAAGGACAUUCACACCGCUCUGCUGGACUGUGCCAACAAGGUCACGGGAAAGACACCUGCACCACCUACAGGCCCUGGGGGCACCCUGUGAGCUGGCAGGGCUGGGAGUGGGGCAGGCCGAAGGGGAAGGGGACCGGGAGGGAAUGAAGAGUGACUUCAAAGCC